AUGAAGAAAAAGGUUGACGGGCGCAUCAAGACGCUGGUGGAGAACAAUGUGGCGCUAGGGCAGCGGAGCAUGUUCCUGGUGAUAGGAGACCAGGGAAAAAACGUGGUUGUGAAUUUUUACUUUCUGUUAAAUCGGCUAGCCAGCAGGACGCACAACAUCUUGUGGUGUUAUAAGAAAAAAUUAGAUUUCGCCACAAGCAAGAAAAAGCGAUUCAGGGAAAUGAAAAAAAAAAUAAAAAAAGGAACCUUCGAUGCAACCAUUGAUAAUAAUUUUGACGCAUUUUUAAAAAGUGCUAACAUCAGAUUCUGCUUCUACAAUGAAACGAAGAAGGUGUUGGGCAAAACUUAUUCCAUGUGUGUACUUCAAGAUUUUUCAUACAUCACGCCAAACAUUUUGUGCAGGUGUGUCGAGACAGUAAUUGGAGGGGGAAUCAUUCUGUUCCUCUUAAAUAAGUUAGAUGAUGUUAAAAAUAUUUAUAACUUAACUUUAAAUUGUCACAAGAAGUACACAAAGAGUGGUAUCUGUAAUGUUUAUAAUAAUUACAUUACGAGGUUUUUCCUCUCCCUCAACCAGUGUGCAAAUGCUAUGUUUAUUGACGAUGAAAUGAAUAUUCUACCGCUGAAUGAUAACCACUUACAUGUGAAGAAGCUGGUGGGGGACUCCAACCAGGGGGAUGUUCCUCUCACGUCCUCUCGCACGGCCACGCUAGGAGGCCACCUCUGUCCGUACAAGGAGAAGCUUAGGGACAGGUUGGCUGAGCUGGAAGCCAUCUGCGAUGAAAACGAGAAGAGGGAGGAGGAGCGCCGCCGCUUCCUCUACUCCGCGCGGGUUUGCGCUACGGGGGGGGGAGAUGACGACGAACAAGAUGAAGAAGAAGACGGGACGCGUGUCAAAAAACAUGCUAGGAGCGCCGGGACGGAGGCAGAGCCCAACCCCCCCUACUCCUUCCUGAACAGACCCAUAAUGAACCUACUGCGCAUCUGUCUCACCAUCGACCAGCUCGAGGUCCUUCUCAACAUGUGUAAAAUUCUGCGCAACGACGAAGAGAAGAAGAGGCAGCUAAAGGAGGUGCUCAUAAACCUCCUCGCCAACAGAGGAAGGGGUAAGUCUGCCACACUAGGCUUACUAAUCGCGUUAAGUAUUUACUUCAACUACACCAAUAUAAUUCUUUGCUCCGGAAACAACGACGGUAUACAAACGAUAUAUGAUUUUAUUGAAAAAGGACUUCACCUCCUAGGAUACAAAGAGUUCACUCAUUACGAACGAGUACAACACUUGUCCACAUUAAAAGAAAUAAUUAUUUUUAAGGACAUUCGAAAUAUGAGUAAUGUAAAGCAGAGGAUAAGGUACUUCGAUAUACUUGAAGACGACAUGGUCAACUCAGAGCUGAUGAUAAUUGACGAAGCUGCAUGUAUACCGAUUCAUGUAUUAAAAAAAAAAAUAAAAGGAGAAAUCACCAUCCUGUCUACUACCCUUAACGGGUACGAAGGGACAGGAAAAACGUUCAUCUUUAAACUACUUAAACAGUUGAAGAAAAAAUUUGUAUCCCAGUUGACUUAUGAAGACUUGAAACAAAUGAAGAGACUCUACUUCGAAAGAGCUUUCAUAGAUGUGUCCUUGGACACGCCUAUACGAUACAGCUACAAUGAUCAGGUGGAGGUCUGGCUGAAUAAUUUCCUUUGCCUCAAUUGUAACGAAUCAUUUAAACUGAAAAACUCUCUUUGCUCUCCUCCCAAUUGUCAACUCUACUUUGUUAAUAAAAAUAUAUUCAAACGGUUCAGCAAAACGAGUGAAAAUUUUUUAAGGAAAAUCAUGACCCUCUUUGUCACCUCCCAUUAUAAAAACACACCAAAUGAUUUAAUAAUGAUACUCGACUCGCAGCAACAUCACCUCUUCGUCCUACUGAGCGGCAACGUCGACCUGAACAACCUGUCCCCGGAGGCAGUGGACGAGCUAGACAUUUACGGGGUCCUCCAUUGCGCCAUCGACGGCAUCGUGCACCCCCGGGCGGGCAGACGCCUCGUCAAGCUGCACGAUCUCACCAAGGGAGGGGACAACCAUUACAUGCACACGAAUGGUGAUCAGGGCGGGGAGAGGAAUGGCGAGGGCAGCGAACAGGACGAGUGCAGGCAGGAGGAAGAUCCCGCAGAUGCAUGCGCGAGUGCACAAAACGCACACGGCACCACGCUCAAACACUCCAUGCCGAAAGAAUUCGAAGGAAACCUAAUGCCCUACCUAAUCACAGAACACUUCGACUUCUACUUCUACCACUACAUCGGCGUAAGGGUCGUGCGAAUCUCUAUCCACCCGUCCAUACAGAACUUGAAUUAUGGCUCGCAAUUCCUGAAAAAGCUGUGCGACUACUACAGCCUCUACAACCAUGCGGAGAGUCGAGAGGCUGCCACACCCUACAAGGAGAAUGUCAUUCUAUACCGCUGCAGCGGUGGUGGAAGUGACGAGGCAAAUGGACGCAUCUUCUUUGACCAUCAGCUCAGACACGUCGACUACAUCGGGACAUGCUUCGGGCUCACCAAGGGACUCCUCAUCUUCUGGCAAAAAAAUAAUUUCGUCCCUGUUUACUUGAAACAACAGAGGAAUGAAAUAACAGGAGAGUUCAGUCUCCUCAUGCUCAGACAUUUGAAUAAAGACCUGAAAAAAAUAUUUACUAAUUUUUACCUGGACUUUGUUCGAAGCUUUUGUAACCUAUUACCCUACUCCUUCAAAAAGUUAGAGUCCUUUGUCGUCUUCAAUCUGCUGCAUAACAACCCAAUCAUACUGGCCAGUCCCACGCGCGAUGAGCUACUCCUCCCGAGGGGCAAGCCACAGGGACAGGAAGAGAGAAAAAAAGAACAAGUUCAUGAGGCUGCAGACGAAGAAGAAGAAUUUGCCCCACAUGAUGACGACGACCCAGAUCAGUACGCCUCCUUCUAUGAAGACCAUCUACUGACACAAGAAAACCUGUUCUACUUCUUCCACCCCAAUGACAUAUGCCGACUCAAGCGCUUCGUCAUGGAGUCUAAAGCUUUCGCGGACAUCCUCUACCUCAUGCAGACUGUGGCGAACUUAAUCCUCUUCCGCAAGGUGCCCAUUCAGCUCACCUUCCUCGAGUACACCAUCCUCUACGCGGUGUCCCUGCAAAAAAAAAAUUGUCAGGAAAUUUCAGAAGAGAUCAGCAUCCACGUAAACCAGACCGUCGCUCUCCUGCGAAAGGUCCUCCAUCGCUUCUACACAUUCCUCAAGGACCUGAUGCAAAAGGACAUUGAAAAAAAAGUCGAGGCGCAGUUCAGCCAGAAGCUGCUUAAGAAGAAGAAGCGAGCGCGCGAGGUGGAACUCCCCGCGGAGGAAUACGUCGACGAGCUCAACAGGAACGCCCGCAUGGUGAUGAAGAAGAACAAGAAGAAGAAGAAGGCCCUCCUGCGCGAGUUUAACCUGUCAGGAACCGUGAAAAGGAAACAAAUCAACAUCAAGACAAACGACGACGCGGAUCCCCCCAAGGACAAAGUCUCCAGCUGA